AAGUUCUACAGCUUCCCACAAGAGACGGGCUUCCAAGAAGGCUGUACACAGGCAGAAUUUGUGUGCAAACCAUACGCUGCUUUCAUCAGAUUCUGAAAAAAGGCUUUAGAAAAAUAAAAGCCACUUUAGAAUCUUCAGGUGACAGAAGGAAGUAUGAAAAUUAAUUCACGCUGGAGGAGUUUCAGAUCUAGUUAGGGAGCAGAACUGAACGCAGCCAAUAUAAUGGGAGAACCGUAAAAGGCAAGCCUAUCGAAGAGCUUCAUUUCGUGGUGCAGUCUGCAGGAGUCCAGGAAAAGGGGGACACGAGAGAGCCAGAUGCAGAGAAGGCUUCCUGGAAGAGGAUGGGAAAGCAGAUGUGAAGUCCCUGAUGGCCAGGUUCAACACCGGGGGCAACCUCACGGAGGAGGUCUCGGCCAACAGCCGACCCUUCAAGGUCACGGGCCAAAACUCCCCUACAGGAGUCCAAGCCAAAAAGAACCUCUUCGGCCACCAGGGAAAUGCCAGCUCUCCCGCAGGACCGAGCAACGUGCCGAAGUUUGGGUCCCCAAAGCCACCUCUGGGCGUGAAGCCGACCUUGGAGGACAAGCCCGACAAGGAGCUCAGACCCCCGUUUCUGAAGCCCCCGGGGGUGGGCCCAAGGUCUGGGCCGCAGGCGGGCUCGGCCGCUAAAGACCCCGAGGCGAAAGCCGGCUUUCCGAAACCCGUAGGCCUCAAGCCCGCCAACUUGCCCAAAGAAGAUUCCAAACCGGCCUUUCCCCGGCCUCCUGGGAAUAAGCCCUCGCUUCACAGUGUAAACCAAGAUCCUGACUUCAAGCCACCAGGCCCCAAGCCGGGGUCUCAUCCUCCAGCCCAGGAAAAUGAACCGGAGCCGGUGUUCCCAAAGCUGGCUGGGAUCAAAGGCAGGUUUACGUCGGCCUCACAAGACCUGGACCCCAAGCCCCUCUUCCCCAAACCCGUCUUUGGCCAGAAGCCAGCCGCGGGCACCGAUGACUCCCAGGAAGACGAGGGCCCCAGCAAGACUGCGGCUGCGCAGAAAGGCCCCCCGGCCGCUCUGGGGGCCAAGGCCAAACCCGGCCCUUUGAAACCAGCCAGGGAGGACCCGGAGAGUAAAGAGCAUGGAGGCGAGACGUCCAGUUCUCCUUUUCCUGGAGUCGUUCUGAAACCUGCUGCCUGCAGAGGGGCUCCAGGCCUCCCCAGAAAUGCUGAGGAGAAAAGAGAGGAGAGGAGGAUGGAUGCUGCGAAGAACGUCUUCCUGAGCAAAAUGAACCAGGAGGAGUCGGCCUCUGGCGCACCUCCUGCCAAGUUUCCUAAAACACCUUCUAAGCUGACAACCACAGGGCCUUGGGGCCAAGGUCAAGAAAAGGAGAGGGGGGACAAGACUCCAGCCACCCCCAGGCAGAAGCCCCUGCCUCCCGUGUUUACCCUGGGCCCCCCUCCACCAAAACCCAGCAGACCACCACACGUUGACCUGACGAAAUUCCAAAAAGCCGCUUCCGGAAACAGUACCAGCAAAGGCCAAACAUCUUACUCAACAAUGUCCCUGCCACCGCCUCCACCAUCCCAUCUGGCCAGCCAACCACCAUUGCCAGCAUCUUACCCAACACAAUCACCAGUUCCAAGUCUACCUCCCAGAAACAUUAAACCUCCCUUAGAUCUCAAAAGCUCUGUCAAUGAAGACAAUCAAGAUAAUGUCAUGUACUCUGAUGGUACUGGAAAUCUAGAUGAGGAACAAGACAGUGAAGGAGAAACAUAUGAAGACAUAGAAGCAUCCAAAGAAAGAGAGAAGAAACGGGAAAAGGAGGAAAAGAAGAGACUAGAGCUGGAGAAAAAGGAACAGAAAGAGAGAGAAAAGAAAGAGCAAGAAAUAAAGAAGAAAUUUAAACUAACAGGCCCUAUUCAAGUCAUCCAUCAAGCAAAAGCUUGCUGUGAUGUCAAAGGAGGAAAGAAUGAACUAAGCUUCAAGCAAGGAGAGCAAAUUGAAAUAAUCCGCAUCACAGACAACCCCGAAGGGAAGUGGCUGGGCAGAACAGCAAGAGGGUCAUAUGGCUAUAUUAAGACAACUGCUGUAGAGAUUGACUAUGAUUCCUUGAAACGGAAAAAAAAUUCCCUUGGUGCUCUUUCAUCAAGACCUACUGAAGAUGACCAGGAAGUAUAUGACGACGUCGCAGAGCAGGCAGAUACUAGCAGCCACAGUCAGAGUGGAAGUGGAGGGAUGUUCCCACCUCCCCCAGAUGAUGAUAUUUAUGAUGGGAUUGAAGAGGAGGAUGCUGCUGACAGCUCCAUGCCACAGGUUGAAGAGAAGAGUAAUACGUGGUCCUGGGGGAUUUUGAAGAUGUUAAAGGGAAAAGAUGACAAAAAGAAAAGUAUACGAGGGAAACCUAAAGUGUCUGAUUCAGACGAUGAAGGUUCAUUUUUCCCUCCUCCUCCUAAACAAAUGGAAAUGGGAGACGAAGUUUAUGAUGAUGUGGAUGCCUCUAAUUUCCCUGCUCCACCAGCAGAGAUGAGUCUAGGAGCCAAGGCCAAGUCAGAAGAAAAGGACCUUAAGAAGCUAAAAAAGCAAGAAAAAGAAGAAAAAGACUUCAGGAAAAAAUUUAAAUAUGAUGGUGAAAUUAGAGUCCUAUAUUCCGCCAAAGUUGCACUCUCCUUCACUUCUAAAAAGUGGGGGAACAGAGACCUACAGAUAAAGCCUGGAGAAUCCCUUGAAGUUAUACAAAACACAGACGAUACGAAAGUUCUCUGCAGGAACGAAGAAGGAAAAUAUGGUUAUGUCCUUCGGAGUUACUUGGUGGACAAUGAUGGAGAAAUUUAUGAUGAUAUUGCUGAUGGUUGCAUCUAUGACAAUGACUAGCUCUCAGCUCUGCUCAUUCUGCUGUGUUCAUUUGAUGCCAAUGUGAAGUCUGGGUUUUAAUUGGGAUAUUUUACUAGGUAUCAUAGAAAAUGAGUACACAAAACUACUCAUUACCAUUUGUUAUAAAAUUCUGAUUAUCCUUUAGAAAAUGACCUCUGCUUAAUAACAUCUUGGAAGAGUACAUCAAUGAGAUGUGAGAAUUAUUAAGUGUCCAUUUCUGCCUUGGGUACAACUGUGAAGGCACUUCUUCUAGACCAUCAAUAGACAACUUUCCCUUCCUAAGAAAAUAUCAUUUGAGAAGAAAUGACUGUUGUCUAAAUAAAUAUAAGCAAGAACAAUAAAGAAAUAUAAGGGAGACAAUUUUUAAACUUCCCAUAAGAAGGAAAACUAUUGUUUGUGCUUCUAAUUAUGAUCAUAUCUUAGAUUCUGUAUUCAAAUUAUCCAUCUUUAAAAAAGCAUGGGUGUCUCCUCUCUUACUGGUGGGUUAAAUAUUUUAAAAAAUUAUAGUAGUAGCAGAACUUCUGUGUAAAAUUUGUCCGUAUUUGUUCAUUGUUAAUAUGUUUUAAUUAUUUGAUAAGAAUGUUUGCAAUUAGUAUGCACACCUAAGAUUAAAACUGUUGAAGAGUCUAAAA